AUGGGAAACAUGAAGGUGCAUCAAUUGGCACGUGGAUUAUGGGAGCACGAGCCAUCCCCUUCCCUCUCCUCUUUCGACCAUAAGACCUUCAUUAGACCCAAAACAAAGCAUCCCUUCUCCGACCACAGCCCGAAUUCUCAUCAGGUGGAUAUUCAACCAGGAGGCACAAGAUGGAAUCCAACGCAGGAACAGAUUGGGAUUCUGGAGAUGAUGUAUAGAGGAGGGAUGCGAACUCCAAAUGCACAACAGAUAGAACAAAUCACCGCGCAGCUAAGCGAGUACGGCAAGAUCCAAGGCAAGAACGUUUUCUACUGGUUCCAAAACCACAAAGCACGCGAAAGACAAAAGCAGAAGCGCAACUCAGCUCCCAUUACCACAAUCUCUCUGGAAAAUAUGGAGAGAGACGAGGAUAGUCCAUGCCAGAGAAAAUGCAGGAGGUGGUCAUUUGUGUGCAUGGAAGAAAGCAAAGAGAAGAAAACAAGAACUCUAGAGCUGUUCCCACUGCACCCAGAAGGCAGAUGAUCAAGCCAGUCAAGGGGGUUUGAAAAAAUGGAAAAGAGGAAAAAAAAAACUGUAGCAAAACUCUUUUCGCAUUGUGAUCUGCUUUGACAAUGAUGUGGUAUAUACUAUAUAGCUUUUGCUUUCUUUUCUUUUGUUUCGUGGAAAGAAGAAAGAUAAAGUUGUCUUCAUGCUCUCCAAAGAUUCAUUAGUGCUUCCG